AUGACAGUCCCAGAGUCUAGUGGCUCAAAAGCAUCAGAGCGAAAGAAAACGACUUUCAAGAGUAUCAAGCAGGUGUUAAAUGCGGAAUCUCAGGUUGACUAUUCCUCAGACGCCGUUCUUUAUGGCCAUAUAAGUGCACCACCACGUGCUCGUCCACCAAUGAAAGUGUCUGAUCUUAGUGGAAUACCAACUGCAUACACAGAUCCAUUAACAAAACUUGAUUAUGCAUCUUCUUCAGAAUUUCGAAGAUUACGAUAUUUACCUCAACACGUCAUAAAUGGCUAUUUAGCUUUGAAGGGCAACUCAAACAACUGAAGCCAUCUAAAAUUUGAUGAUUUACAAAAAAAA